AUGAUGAUGUUGGAGGAUGCCUUUUACGAGUUGGCAUCGAUGCGCUCUCGACCAUCUUUGAUUCUCUAUGAUCGUGGUACAAUGGACGGUAGUGCGUAUUGCUCGGACGAGGAGUGGGACGCCAUUCUUAAGAUAACGGGGUAUACGAAUGAGGAGUUAAGCGAUGCACGGUAUGAUGCAGUUGUCCAUUUGGUAACGGCAGCCAUUGGUGCCGAGCAGUUUUACACGAUUGAAAAUAACGCUGCUCGUUCCGAGGGACUGGAGGAUGCACGACGCCUGGAUGCCAUGACUCUAAAUGCAUGGCGUGGCCACUACCUCGUCUCUGUGGUACAUAACGAGGACACGGAUUUUGAGAAGAAAAUGUUACGCGUGGCGGAAUUUAUCGGUUUUGUGACGGGCGUUUCAACGCUGGAAGAAAAUGCAACAGAGUCCGUGGCCCCCAAGAAAACUGCCAAGUCUGCCGGGGAAGCCACAAUCACAACAGCGACGCCGGAAGCCCUAUCAUCCGAAGCCCAGACGACAAAAUCGCCAUCAUUACCAACACCUUUUUUCCUUCAGCAACUCACAACAGUGUUGUCUCCACACGACCAAAAAGGGGGAGAGGAGAGGGAUGGGGAGGAUGAAGUUGCACACAUGGCCUUUUUGGCGACAGGAACACGUGCCUUUGCAAACAGCGCAUCCAUGGCAACAGUCUCCGCACAUUCAUUGUGCAAUAACAAUACUAAUAAUAAUACUAAUGAUAAUUCCAUAUGUUCACCACUCACACCGCCUGAUUUUGUUACGCAAUGCGGCGGUGGGGAACUGGGGCGCACAUCGGCGUCCUCUUCACCGAGUCAUGCAUUUGCCAUGGACAUGCAUGCCGAACGUGGCGGCUUACAGCGCCAUUUUUUUGUGAAUCGUGUUGAUCUUGCACAAAUUCCCGCGGAUGCUGUGGUGGCAAAUGUUGUCACCAUAACAUUGGUUCCAUUACGAGCGAAUUACCGCACCGAGGUGAUUAUUCGCCUUUCCCGUGCAAAUGAUUCCCACCCGUUGUAUCUUCGUCGAGUAGAGUAUCAAAAUCCCGAGCAGACAACUUCACCGCCAGAUGAUUGCGAACACGAAUUGAAGGGUCACAGGCCAGGCCGACACCUGACACGGGUGAAAAUUACAAAAUCCGCCUUUCUGGAGCUUGCACGGCGAAGAAAUUUGUCGGAGCCAGUGAUUCAAAAGAGCACAAAGCGUUUUUUUUACAACAUGAGGCACUUUACCCUUGUGACGUUUCAGCAUCCAAGGGAAUUGCGGGGGGUUUGCCGUCUUGUGGCGCCGGCGGAUACGACAGAGGAAGACAUUGGUAGUCUAGCGGACGUUGAGCCUUUCUCGCUCCUUAUGAGGGAAGGCGUCAUGUAA